AGCCCAGGAAGAAGGCAAGCCCAUUAACAAGCUAAACGCUUUCCCAGAUAAGAAAACAUCGCUCCGACCGCCGUAGUCAGCGUCGUCGGCCACACCCACCGCUAGCUUACCUAUCCCUCUCUCUCUCCCAAUUUGAGGAAUACAGUUUCAGAUGUAACAAGGUUUCUGGAUUCCACCUCCUCAACUCAACUCAACUCAACUCCGUCGAUUGAUUAGGGCUGGAUUUGCAAAAUGUCUUCUAGGUUGAUGAAGAAGGUUCUUAAUGAACAAUCAGCGGCUCUGCAGCUCCGCAGCGAUGGCGAUGAUGAUGAUUCUGAGUCUCCUCAAUCUUCCGCCCCUGCUCGGAAUCUCUUUAGCCUUCUCGGAGAUGACGAUGAUGAUACUGCAAUCGAUCAGGAGCAAGCUGAAGAUGCUAAUGAGACAUCUGAUCGAGACAGUGCUCCGUUAUCAGAAACGGCUGCCGUUCCUGCCCGAAAUGCCAAUUCAAAGAAGAAGAGAAACAAGAAGAAGAAGAAGAACUCGAACAAAGCUGACUUGUCUCUAGUUAAUCGUACUGGAUCUUCUGAUCUCAACUUAGACAGCUUAAGUUUGACAGAUGGUCAUCAAGAGACUUGUUCUCCUGCUAAGAACAAGUUACUAAAUGCUGAUGCCGAUGCCAAGUUGCCCAAGAAACCUUUCAAGACUCGCGUACUAGAAGUUGAUCCCAAAUUUCUCAGUGCAGAAAAUGAGCUCCGGAGGAUAUUUGGUUCUAGAGUGGUGAAGUCACAUGACAGAAAUUCAUCAUCCGCUAAUCCUAGGCUUAUGCGUGGUGGUCGCCGAGGAACUCAUAAUCUCAAGAAGACUAUCAUAAUAUCUCCAUCUCAACAUUGGCCACGCUGGGACGGCUCUCUAACAAUGGAACUACUCAAUACUCUAGAGGGUGUCCACUAUUUCAGAUACACACAUUCGUCAUCAUAUGCCCAAGCUCAGAGAGCUUUUGAAUCUGCCAAGGAGAAUCACGACCUUAAUGGGAUAGCAAAUGUUCUGUUGAAUCAUCCUUAUCACAUAGACUCACUAACGACAUUAGCGGACUAUUUCAAAUUCACGGGUGAACACCAAAUGUCAGCUGAUGCUACUGCAAAAUGUCUAUACGCUCUAGAAUGUGCAUGGCAUCCACUAUUCACUCCAUCAAGGAACUGCCAAUUGAAGUACGAUCAUGAUAUGAACAAGCCACUCUUCUCAGCACUUUUUACUCAUAUGAAAAAUAUGGAUAGGCGUGGUUGCCACAGAUCUGCCCUUGAAAUAUGUAAGCUCUUGCUUUCCCUUGAUUCGAACGAUCCGAUGGGUGCUAUGUUCUGCAUUGACUACUAUGCUUUGAGAGCUGAGGAGCAUGGUUGGUUGGAACAGUUUUCUGAAGAAUAUCAAUCCGACAAUUCCCUGUGGCUAUUUCCGAAUUUUUCUUAUUCCCUUGCGAUUUGCCGGCUUUGCCUUGAGAGCAAAGAAGUUUUAGGUGGUGGGGAAAGUGAAACAGAAGUCGGGAAAGCUACUUCAUUUGAACUGAUGAAGCAGGCUUUGAUGCUCCAUCCAUCAGUAUUGAAGAAACUGGUUGUGAAGGUCCCUUUAAAUGAUAGGAAGUGGACCAGUGUAGUGAAGCACAGUUUCUUUCGAUCUGAAGAAACAGGAAGCCCGUCUCUGGAUCACUUGAUUGCAAUAUAUAUUGAGAAGAGCUACAUAAUAUGGAGACUCCAAGAUCUGCAAAAACUCUUAUAUGAUUCGACAAUAUCACUGAUUGAGAUGCUGGAAAAGAAAGAAAGUGAUGUCAAUGACUGGGCAUGUGUGAGGAAAGAGGCUUUCUCAUCAGAGAAGAAUGAGUAUUCUUAUUUGUUGGUCUCUGAAUUCUCUGAUUCGGUGCCAACAAUGCCGCCGGAAAACUUGCAGGACUUUAUAGUCAAUCAAAGGGGUGGUGGGAUCGAGAUCCCUGAACAGAUUCCUGAAAACCAUGUGCUUCGUGAUGUUGCUAACAGAAGUCCACUUGCUGUACUAUUUGAGUCGAUCCUACCAUGGGUAAACUAUGGAACUGGAGACGGAGAGGACGAGCAUCAUCUCCCAGGGCAAGCCGAUGAGGAUUAGGCUGAGUUUAGGAUCGAUUAUCAGGCAAUGUAAAAGCGGGAAUAAGGAAGGUCUGAGUUUUUUGCAUUUGAAACCGAUGUUUUUGUGUGAAGUUGGGUGUCAAACUGUUGAAAAGAUGCAAGUUCUAAAUCUGUUCAGAUUUUAACACCCCUUAGAUUUCAUGAAAAUAUUUCUGUUGAGGA